CUGCCAAUUUUAAUUACCCAAAAAAUAUAAUAUCUGCCGAUUUAUAUAAAAAGACAGUGACACAAUUAAUUGUUACCUCUAACCACAUAACAUAAGUAUGUCAAUGUAAGUUGAAGUAAAUGUAAUACAAUAAAACAACAAAUUAAUUGAUGAUUUGUUAAUUAGAUCUUUGAUUGAAUGUGGUCUUCAAAGAUUUUCAGUUUAUCUACUUGGUGAAAAAAAGAAGAAUCUUGGUACGUACUUUGCACCAGGGCAGUGUCAGUUUGGAAGGAAUUUUCAGAAAAUGGAAAAGAAAGAUACAAAAUCUAUUGUAAUUGAUGCUACUUUCCUUUUUCGAGUGCGUUGUCAUGGGCUUCGCUUUUAGCUAAUUUUAAUUUUAAUGGUCGAAAUCGUACAAAAAGAUUUUCAAGGAUGCCUUUGUAUUUUUCCUCUAUAAUAAUAAUGAAGUCGAUAGUAAAGCACAAAGGAACAAGAAAACAUGAAAAUGGGGUUGAAUUUGCUCUCUUCAUUUACUGGAUUUAUUAAAGGUUCAAGAUGGAGACACCAUUCCAAGUGCAAGAAGCUAAUCAAACAGCUUAAGGCACAUUUAGUGAUACAAAGGAACAGGAGAAAUGCAAUUAUAAAACAAAUACGUGAAGAUAUUGCUCAACUUCUUCAGAAUGGGCACUAUCAUCUAGCUUUUUCCAGAGUUGAUCAACUUUAUGGAGAUGAGUGCAGGUUAUCUGCAUACAAUAAACUUGACAAUUUUUGCAACUGUAUCUUUCUAAACCUCCGUGAUAUUAGCAGGAAUAGCAAGUUGGCUGAUGAUGUUAAUGAGGCAUUAUCUAGUAUGAUAUUUGCAGCGUCGAGAUGUGGCGAAUUGCCAGAGCUACAUUCACUCAGGAAUCUAUUUAAACAACAUUUUGGUCAAGCAUUUGAUCAACUCAAUGUUGAACUGCUUCCAGGUAACGCAGUUAACUCAGAGACCAAGCAGUAUCUCACACAUGUCACAAAGCUAAAAGAACACAAAAAGCUCCAAAUCAUGGAUGAAAAUUUCAGCAGCUAUAAAAGUCCUAAAGAUGACUCAUGGGUUGAAAGCUUAAAUUGUGAGAUUUAUACCUCAAAGAGAACCAGAUGCAAUAAAGCUGUGAUUGAGGAAAAUGGAAUCAGCUUUGAAGUAGAAGAACAAUCGCCUCGUGUAUCACAAUCACCUCAUGUCCAUCCGAAGCUUCCGGACUAUGAUUAUUUAGUUGCCAAAUUUAGAGAUCUAAAAGGAGAGUAUAUGUAUAAGAAUUUAAAUCAUCGAUCCUUUUCUAAAUGGAUGAGGUGGUAGUAUUUUUUUGAUCGUCAGUUGUAUGUAAACUGUUGAAAUACUUUAGCUUACUUCAGAAAUGUUGGACUUUUAGGCCGGGCUUAAUAUUAAAUGAUAAGAAGUAUGAAAAGUGAGGAUUCAUCUCGCCAUAUUUACUUUA